AUGAGGACUACCCUCACCGGCACAGGCCUGAGCUAUGAUGACUUGUGUAUGCACGCCAACUUGGAUUUACCUGAGGGCUUCAAAGUACCCCAUUUCGAGUUGUUCAAUAGAACGGGCAAUUCUAAAGCGCAUCUAUGGGCCUACUGUGACCAAUUGGUCGGCGUCCGAGAUAACCAAGCACUCAUUAUGAGGCUGUUCAGUCGAAGUUUGACCGGAGAAGCCUCAGAAUGGUUCACGGCGCAAGACAUACGCCGUUGGAUCACAUGGGAAGACAUGGCUGUGGCUUUCAUAGAAAGGUUUCUCUUUAACAUGGAGACAGUACUAGAUAGAUACUACAUGGAGAAAGUAAAACAAAAGUCCACCGAAAACUUCCGCGAGUAUGCGAGCAGGUGGAGGACAGAGGCUUCCCGAGUACAACCCUCUAUGGGCGAAGAAGAACUUGUGUCGAUUUUCAUCCGUUCACAAGAAAUAAAUUCUAUGAUAGAAUGCUUUCAAUGUAUUGAAGAUUGCAUUAAUCUCAAGUUCAAAAUGCAAGACCUGAUCGACCAAAAGGAAAUUGUACUCCAAACAGCCCCUCCAAAUAUGCAAACCAACCCUUUGUCGAACUAUGGCAACAGUGUGAUUCACAUGAUUGAGAGAAAGGAAGAUUGGGUCGCAGGAAGGCCCAUAAUCCGUGAUUCUGUGAAAGAGCUUGAGCGCACAGUAGCGUCAUUGUCUUUGCAAGAAUGCCCGCGAUUUAAAGUAUUAAUCCCUGCACCGGUGACAGCGCAUAUAGCUUAA